CUGCUCCUCCUCCUGCUCCUGCUCCUCCUCCUGCUCCUGCUCCUGCUCCUGCUCCUGCUCCUGCUCCUGCUCCUGCUCCUGCUCCUGCUCCUGCUCCUGCUCCUGCUCCUGCCGCUGCUGCUUCUCCCCUCAUUCCCCUGGAGCGGACCAUCCUGGUGCCUCUCUUGUGAAGCGGUGGCUGAGGAGACCCCCGGACUCGCCAUGGCCGACGAAAAGCCGAAGGAAGGAGUCAAGACUGAAAACAACGACCACAUUUAUUUGAAGGUGGCAGCGCAAGAUGGUUCGGUGGGGCAAUUUAAGAUUAAGAGGCACACACCACUUAGGAAACUAAUGAAAGACUAUUGUGAACAACAGGGUUUGUCAAUGAGCCAGAUCAGAUUCCGAUGUGUUGGGCAACCAAUCAAUGAAACAGACACAUCUGCGCAGGUGGAAAUGGAGGAUGAAGAUACAAUUGAUGUAUUCCAGCAGCAGACAGGCAGUUACUAA